AUGGUAACUACUCAAAUUGAAGGGGCAAGUGAUAAUUGUUGGUACCUAGACACAGGUUGCUCAGCUCAUAUGACAGGAAGAAGAGAGUGGUUUCUCAAUCUUGAUCAAUCUGUAAAGAGCCAAGUCAAAUUUGCUGAUGAUAGAACUUUGAAUGCUGAAGGAAUUGGGAAGGUCCUUAUGAAAACAAAGGAUGAAGGUCAGUCUUGCAUCACUGAUGUACUCUUUGUACCAGUUAUGAAAAGUAAUCUCCUCAGCUUAGGUCAAUUACUAGAAAAGGGCUUUAUGACUAAGCUUGAAAACAAGAUGUUGAGAGUGUUUGACAGAAAUCACAAGCUCAUUUUGAAGUCCCCUCUUUCAAAAAAAUAG